GAACUGAUGGCUCACAAAAUCUAUAUAUAUCUAUCUAACUAACUUUCAUUUCAAUCUUCAUUCUUCUUCACUGAUCUCAGAUUCUCAGAGAUGUCAAAAUCUGAUAAACCAGAAGUAGUGAAAAGAGAUGAUGAAGAAAAAAAGGAAGAUGAUGAAAAGGGUGGUGGAUUUCUUGAUACAGUGAAGGGUUUUAUUCAGGACAUUGGGGAGAAGAUUGAGGAAACAAUUGGGUUUGGGAAACCAACUGCAGAUGUUGCCGCGAUACACAUUCCUUCGAUUAAUCUUGAAAAAGCAGAUCUUGUUGUUGAUAUUUUGAUAAAGAACCCGAAUCCGGUUCCAAUUCCUUUAAUUGAUAUUAACUACUUGGUUGAGAGUGAUGGGAGGAAACUAGUUUCGGGUUUGAUACCGGAUUCUGGUACAAUCCAUGCACAUGGAGAGGAGACGGUGAAAAUUCCGGUUACUUUGAUUUACGAUGAUAUUAAGAAUACAUAUGCUGAUAUUAAACCGGGAAGUGUUAUUCCUUAUAAGGUGAAGGUUGAGCUUAUAGUUGAUGUUCCUGUGAUUGGAAGGAUUACUAUACCUUUGGAGAAAACAGGAGAAAUUCCGAUUCCGUAUAAGCCCGAUAUUGAUCUUGAGAAAAUUCAAUUUGAGAGUUUCUCUUUUGAAGAGACUGUUGCUAUUCUUCAUUUGAAGUUGGAUAAUAAGAAUGAUUUUGACUUGGGACUCAAUGCACUUGAUUAUGAGGUAUGGCUUGGCGAGGUUAGAAUCGGAGGUGCUGAUCUUGCAAAGUCUGCAAAAAUCGAAAAAAGUGGGAUUAGUUCAAUUGAUCUUCCAAUUACCUUUAGGCCUAAGGAUUUUGGGUCUGCACUUUGGGACAUGAUUAGAGGUAAGGGUACAGGCUACACUAUGAAAGGACAUAUCGAUGUUGAUACACCCUUUGGAGCAAUGAAAUUGCCUAUUAGCAAAGAAGGUGGUACUACUCGUCUCAAGAAGAAUAAGGAAGAUGGUGGAGAUGAUGACGAUGACGAAUAGAAUUGAAGAAUAUGCAGUAGCAAGUUAUUAGUAUCAGUUCUUAUAUUUACUGCUUAGAAAGUUAAGUAAAAAGGGACAUGAACUUAAGAGACAUUAUUCAAAAUGGAUGAUCAUGUCAGUUGCAGUUUGGAUUUUGCUCUUCUUCUUCAAGCAAAAUUCCUGUUUUGAGUACGUCUACUCGUGAUCAAAUUAAAGACAUACUCGUUGCACACGGGAUAAUGAUGUUUUGUCAAAUCUUUUCGGUUUUAGAUGAACUUUGUGUGUGGUUUGUCCCAUGUUUUUUUUAUUUCCUUAUUUGAAGGAGGGUUGUUAUUUGCUUUGUCUUGUGGAAUUGAUGAUGUAUUAUUUAAGUCAAUAAACUCUGAUAGUAAUACUCACCAGUGUAUAAUCUGUAGAUGUUAUUCAAACUUUAAUAUAUUAUAAAAUAUAAAUAAUGUUACAUAUUUUAA